AUGGUUAAGAACGAGAGUUCGUGAUUAUCCAGAAGCUAUAAGAACAGUGGCUUUACAACUUUAAAAAUGUUCCAUAGAUAAUACUUCCGUUCCCGAUUUUUAGAUGUUUUGUCACGAAACAAAACUUAUCCGACACCUGAUUAAUGAAUUAAACUAUUCUUUUUGAAUAAAAAUAAAUGUUAUUCCGUUUUUAAUAAUGACAUAUGAAUCCGCUUAAUUAUGUAAACAAAAUCGUAAAAAUAAAUAAUUCGGAUUUACCUUACAGACUCGUAUGCCAAAUACCCUGGCAUUUUGCGAUGCGAAAGUUGUGAGGUCUGCGCAUGCGUAGGUCACGUGAUACGAUAUGUUUUAACUUUUUUUGUAAUUCCUGGAACGUGCAGAUUGGUUGUGUCAUAUUUUCCAGGUACUGCUGGAUAGAGAAAGUUUAUUACUCAUCAGACCAGGAAAAACGACAAUUGCUUGAAAAGAGCAGUUGAACGUUUCGUUGGGGAGUGCAUUGUUUAUAUUUCUCGCUGAGGUCGAAUGCCCGUUUUUUAAUAAUAAUAAAGUAUUUUUGCGAUUCCGAAUUCUUGUACAACCUUCGUCAUGUCAGAUGACAGUAAUGAACGGCCUUCUUGUCGCUUUGAAGAGUCAAAUCGUUCAUCGGACGACAGCUCCAUGUCGUUGUGGACGAAAGCUCAGCAACUACAAGGCGAUGCGCUCCUCCAGGUGCGCGCCGUUUAUGGAGAACACUUUCCAAUUGAAGUUCGACAUUUUUUGGCAGCAUGGUUAGAAGAGAAAAUGUGUUUUUUUUCUAGGACUGACAUAGACCCAGAAAAUCCCCAACAUGAGCAAUAUGUUGCCAGCCUUGUCAGUUCACUUAUUCAAGAACUGGAAAUGAAAGCAAACAGUAUGACAACAGAAGAGCUGUUUCUCACAAAACUAAAGUUAAUGGAGGCUGCAAAUACAUUUAGAGAAAGAUACAUGCAUAACCCCCGAAGGUUGUUUGAAAUAAUUCGAAAUUGUCUCAACACCGAAAUGAAGUUGGUGCAACAGGCUAGCCUGGGCCGGGACUUGAUAAUGCCAUGUUUGCCAUUUACCCCAGAUCUUAAUACUGAAAUUGCUCAGCAGCUGGAUUAUUUGAGGAGACAGACCCACGAAACAGGAGAAGAUCUGAGAAGGAUUGAACAGGAGCAGGAAGCUUUUGCCCUGCAGUAUCAUGAAUGCACGAAAGUAAAUGCGCACUUACAACACAUACAAACACAGCAGAGAACUCCACAGAUAAUUGAAAUGGAGAAAAAGUUAAUGAAGCACAAAGAAACACUAGAGCAGUUACUAAAUCAGAAGGUGGCAUCAAUGAUGCAAUUAAGACUGACAUUUGUAGAUAAAUUGAAGGACACGAUAGAAAGUCACCUAACAAAAAUGCAAUCUAGAGUUCUGGAUGAAGAACUAAUUCGAUGGAAAAGGGAGCAGCAGCUUCAAGGAAAUGGGGCACAUUUUAACAAUAACUUAGACAGCAUACAGGAGUGGUGUGAAAGUCUUGCUGAAAUUAUUUGGAUGAAUAGGCAACAAAUAAAAGAAGCCGACAGGUUAAAGCAGAAGUUUGACUUCGAUCCACCCGUGGUUUCUGAGAGACUGCUUCAUCUGAACACAGUCAUCACACAGCUUUUAUCAUCUUUAGUCACAAGCACAUUCAUAAUAGAGAAACAACCACCACAAGUUAUGAAGACAAACACACGUUUUACUUCUACAGUAAGGCUCCUCGUUGGAGGGAAGCUGAAUGUCCAUAUGACCCCACCUCAGGUGAGGGUGACAAUAAUAAGUGAAGCACAAGCCAAUGCACUUUUAAAAAGUGAUAAAGUUUCAAAAGGUGAUGCUAGUGGUGAAAUUCUGAACAACACUGGUACCAUGGAGUACCAUCAGGCUACGAGACAACUUUCUGUCAGCUUCAGAAAUAUGCAGCUUAAAAAAAUAAAACGUGCGGAGAAGAAAGGUACAGAAUCUGUAAUGGAUGAAAAGUUCUCAUUGCUUUUCCAGUCACAGUUCUCAGUUGGUGGUGGAGAGCUUGUAUUCCAGGUGUGGACUCUUUCGCUACCUGUUGUUGUGAUUGUUCACGGUAAUCAAGAACCUCAUGCACAUGCUACUGUUACUUGGGACAAUGCUUUUGCUGAACCCGGAAGAAUACCAUUUGCAGUACCAGAUAAAGUACCGUGGUCAAAAGUUUCAGAUGCUCUCAAUAUGAAAUUCAAAGCAGCUACAGGGCGUUUUUUGACAGAAGAGAAUCUCAGAUUUCUUGCAGAAAAAGCCUUCAGGAAUCCCCAAGUGGCAGACUACAGUGGUAUGCUGCUUAGUUGGUCACAAUUCUGCAAGGAACCACUUCCAGACAGAAACUUCACUUUUUGGGAAUGGUUCUUCGCUGUGAUGAAACUAACAAAGGAACAUUUAAGAGGCCCAUGGAUGGAUGAAACUAUAUUAGGUUUUAUUCGGAAAAGACAAGCAGAAGAAAUGCUUGCUGGACGUCCCAGUGGCACCUUCCUUUUACGCUUCUCAGACUCGGAACUUGGGGGUGUAACAAUUGCUUGGGUUGCAGAUCAAAAUGAUGUCUUUAUGCUACAACCCUUCACCAGCAAAGACUUUGCAAUACGCAGUCUCGCAGAUAGAAUUUCUGAUUUGCAGCAUCUUGUAUAUUUGUAUCCUGACAUUCCUAAGGACCAGGCAUUUGGAAAAUAUUACACACCUUUUACAGAGAACCAACAACAGUCAAUUAAUGGAUAUGUGAAACCUCUGUUGGUGACUCAUGUCCCUGGUUGGGGUGGACCUGGUUCUGUAGGCAGCUACCCAGCAACACCACAGAUGUACCCACAUUCUCCAGACCCCAGCAUCCCCCGAGAUACACCAUCAGUUGCCAGCGCUACCAGUGAGUCAGUCAGUAGCUACCCUGGGGUUUCGAGUGGUGGUGAUGUCGACUAUGAUACAAUGGCAUACAUGGAUCUCAGUAGUAUUGAUGAUGUCGCCUUCGACUUGAAUAACCUGAACUUGCCCGAACUGAUGCGGUCAUUAAGACAGUGAAGAUACUGGAUAAGGUAUGGAGCCAGGCAUAUAUAUGAAAUUAGUCAUUUGGUAGCCUUUUGACAGCUUCAUUAACUUUAAUACUAUCAGCUUGUUGCACCUGGUCCUAUUGUUUGAUACUUUCAUCUUAUGAUAGUUUUCUUUUUUUUUUUAAUAAGACUGUUACUCCUAGGUUAACACCAUAACUGGUAUUUGUGCUUUUUGAAAUAUAUUUUUGUGUUGUAAGUGGUGUAAUGCCUAGGAAAUGGUGCAAACUAAUAGACUGUGGAUUGUUAACAUUACAUAGCCUUUGAUAAAAUAUGGAAAAGUUGGAAAGUGUAUGUGGUGUUUUAUGCGUGAAAAUUUAGUGCUCUGGAUGUUCUCAUGUUUGCAUUAUAUUGAUGACAAGGAAGCUUUAUUGUCAGUAUCUCCUUUACAAGCAUCUUUGUGUAAAAGAACUUAAGUCAAAACAUAAAAGAAUUUUUCCUUGUCA